AUGGCCACCAACGGGACCAACAGGACCAACGGUUCUCUUUCCCACUACCACGCUGCCUCGACCGAGGAGGCCAUUCAGGCCGAGCACAACUAUGCCGCUCACAACUACCACCCUUUGCCCGUGGUGUUUGCGCGCGCCCAGGGUACCUCCGUCUGGGAUCCCGAGGGACGUCACUAUCUCGACUUCCUCUCCGCGUACUCGGCUGUGAACCAGGGUCACUGCCACCCCAAGCUGGUGGCUGCUCUGGUGGACCAGGCUUCGCGGUUGACUCUGAGCUCCCGCGCUUUCUACAAUGACGUCUUCCCCCGCUUCGCCGAGUUCGUCACCCGCUACUUUGGCUUCGACAUGGUCAUGCCCAUGAACACGGGUGCCGAGGCGGUCGAGACGGGUAUCAAGAUCGCUCGCAAGUGGGGAUACAAGGUCAAGGGUAUCCCUGAGAACAAGGCGGUGGUCUUGAGUGCUGAGAAUAACUUCCACGGCCGUACUUUCGCCGCCAUCUCGCUGUCCUCUGACCCGGAGUCCCGCGAGAACUACGGGCCCUAUCUCCCCGGUAUCGGGUGCACUAUCCCCGGCACCGAGAAGCCCAUCACCUACAAUGACAAGGCUGCUCUGCGCGCGGCCUUUGAAGCGGCCGGCCCUAACCUGGCCGCCUUCCUGGUCGAGCCCAUUCAGGGUGAGGCCGGUAUCGUCGUGCCCGACGAGGAUUACCUGCAGGAGGCUCGCGCCCUGUGUGACAAGCACAAUGUGCUCCUAAUCUGUGACGAGAUCCAGACGGGUAUCGCCCGCACGGGUAAGCUGCUGUGUCACGAGUGGAGCGGAAUCAAGCCCGACCUGGUCCUGCUGGGCAAGGCCAUCUCCGGUGGCAUGUACCCCGUCUCGUGUGUGCUGGGCCGUAAGGACGUCAUGCUCACGAUUGAGCCCGGCACCCAUGGUUCCACCUACGGUGGUAACCCAUUGGGCUGUGCCGUCGCGAUCCGUGCUUUGGAGGUCGUGCAGGAGGAGCAGAUGGUCGAGCGUGCUGAGAAGCUCGGCCACAUCUUCCGGAAGGGCUUGGAGGAUCUGAAGAGCCCUCUGAUCGAGACGGUUCGCGGCAAGGGUCUGUUGAAUGCUAUUGUCAUUGAUGAGUCCAAGACCAACGGACACUCUGCCUGGGAUCUGUGCAUGUUGAUGAAGUCGAAGGGUUUGCUGGCCAAGCCUACUCACCAGAACAUCAUCCGCCUGGCCCCACCAUUGGUUAUCACCGAGGAGGAGAUCCAGCAGGCUCUGAGCAUCAUUGACGAGGCCGUGAAGGAGCUUCCCACUCUGAAGGGCAAGGCCGAGGACCUGGUGAUCCCUUCGGCGGAGAAGCACGUCAAGAUUGGCAUCGAGAACUAG